GUCAACAAUUUGACAAUGUCGGAUUAUUGCUUGUACUUACGUGCUAAACAUUUUUUUAUUUUAUUGUUAACUUUUUAUUUUCAGAUAUUUUUUGGUACAGUACAGUCUCGUAUAUAUUUAUCGGCUGAUUUAUUGGGUAUCAAUUGUCAUACUGGCAUGUCUUGCUUGUUACGGAAAUCUGUACUCGAUGAACUAGGUGGUUUGAAAACAUUUGGUUGUUAUCUAGCCGAAGAUUUCUUUAUCGCCAAAGCCAUUCGAGACAAGGGAUGGAAAAUGCGCAUAAGUAAUCAACCGGCAUUGCAAAAUAGUGGAAUUUGUGAUGUAAACAGAUUCCAAGAGCGCCUCAAACGUUGGGCGAAAUUACGCGUAGCCAUGGUACCGACAACAAUACUGUUAGAGCCUCUCUCCGAGUGCAUGGUAUUAGGCGCCUUAGCCUCAUGGUCUGCAUCGUUACUAUUUAAUUGGGAUCCAUUAGUAUUUUACUUAGUGCAUAUACUCGCGUGGUUUCUUUCAGAUUGGAUAUUACUUUCUAUUGUGCAGAAUGGUUCAUUGACAUUUCAUAAGUUUGAGUUCGUCAUUGGUUGGCUUUUUAGAGAAAUAAGCGGCCCUUACCUAUUCCUUCAUGCGCUUUGGAAUCCAGCUAUUAGAUGGCGCAGACGAAUUUAUAAGCUUCAGUGGGGUGGAAUCGCCUAUGAGUUACCAACAAGCAAUACGAAUAUGAGUACAAAACGUUUACUAGUAUCAUAGCAUAAGUUGAUGAUGCCUAAUUAUCAGCAUCUUAAUUUUAAUACGCAAAACAAUAGUAAUAGUACGAAUAUUUUUUUGUGUAAAAUUAGGAUCGCCUUUUUAGGAAUUUUACAUUGAUAUAAGGUAUAUUUUGGUUUAAAUGUAUAUCUAUAUGUUGAAUCGGAGUUUCUUUUAAGAAGUACCCUAGAAAUAUAUAAAUGUAAGUGAAAAAGAAGGAAUGUAUGAAGUAUUAUUGUAAGUAGUCUAGCUGUAAAUUUUGUAAUGCGUAAAAUAAUGACGUGUAACGUAAAAAUCAAUCUUAACAAAUGCUAAAUAGAAACAAUGUUACAGUAAA